GCAACAUCUUGGAUCCCAAGUACAUCCAACGCUUCCACGAGAUCAACCAGCGGAUCUUGAACAUCACGAUAGACGGUGAUGCUUUGGUGGAGCAGCUGGAUGCCGACCAUAAGCGAUCAGUGGGCGACAAUCGGCCAUGGACCAUUUAUGCUGGUGACUGGAACUUCAACGGCCGUCCGAGGAGCGUCGACGGGUCGGUGGUCUUCGAGGGGCGAAAGUGCUUUGCAUUUGGGCCCUUUUGUGGGAAGCAGUCUGUUCUGGACGUGUUCCGAGAUGACGACUACAUUAUCAGCAACCUGGACGACCGAGCCGUCAAGCAAGCCCUCAACAACUGGGAGGGCCAGGAGACGUUCUGCCCGUUGACUCUGGCCUUCGACUACUCGCCCUGCUACAAUCAAACGUGCCAGAAGUACAAGACCACAGAAGAGCGGCUCGCAUGCAGAGCAGAGGCGUCGAGCUACUGUGCCCAGAGGUGUCCGACGAGGACGAUCGUGACAGCCGAUGGCGAGGAGGCCACCAUCCCGCUCAACAUGGAGACCUGCGAGGACCGCGGCUGCAUCCAGCUGGGCGCUUUCGGCAGUGGGCAGACCACGACGACACCUCCUCCCGGGCAGCUUAACACGGAUACGAAUGGCACUGGCCAAGCUCCAGAGAGCGCCUUCGAGUUCCAACCGACUCGGGUCAGUACCAUGGUCGGGGGCCACGUCGCCGACAGCAACUGGCGCUAUGCGCAGGGCAAGUACAUCGCAGGCUUCUACGCUCUGAACAAAGCUGAGCUGUUUUGCCCGCGUGAGGGACAGACGGACCCCGUGGCUGACGAAUGGGAGCGGCGUGCUCUCUGCUUUAUGGGCAUCGAUGCCGAUACACGGGCGGAUCCAAAGCUUGACUGCAAGCCGGAUGACCUGCUGAAGUUCAACG